AUGAGUAAUCCAUGGUACAACAGAAUUAGUUGUAUAAGUAGGAGUCAUAUUACAAACAUCAUUGGACUGAGAAUGGGACAAGGUUCGUAUAAACAACAUCAGUACCGGAUUGAUAUUGUCAACAACCCGUACCGGGAAUGUGGACACAUUGAGGAUAUCAAUCAUAUUUUCUUGAAAUACCAGAUCAAUAAAACGAAUAAUAUUACAUAUGAUGAACUAAGAAGAAGUGUUAUACCAACACCUUUAAACAUGCAAGUAUCCCUACAAAAUAUCACUAAGGAAAGAAUGAUAAUAAUCAUCAACUUUAUUAACAAAUAUAAAUUAGCUCUAUAA